AUGGAGGUGCAGGCCGCCCAAUUUCAGGAGGACUACGCGCAAUUCAAAGAGCAAGUCCAAGACUUGGACCGUCGGCUAGCUUCUCUGAUUGCCCUUGCCUUCGACGAAUGUGCGACGAUUCUCCGCCGCUUCAAAGUGCUGGAUUCUUUCGAGGGCCUCCUCAACCGCAGUAUUAUUGAGGAUGAACUCGAGAAAAAAUACAUCCUCUUGGUGCAAGCCUACGCCCAGGACCUUCGGGUUGUCCACGAAAUAUUCCUCCGCCACCGAGAGAGCCCCCCGGUGCCGGCCCACUAUCCGCCGGUCGCGGGCGCACUGGCGUGGUCCCGGGGUCUGAUUGAACGGGUCGGCGCCCCGCUUCCCAAGUUCCAAGCUUUAGAGCAACAGCAGCCUCAUGUUUGGGCGCGAGAAGAAACCAAAGACGUAGUGAAAGCUUCGCGGGCCCUGCUGACCACCCUCCAGGAUUACGAGGCCCGCAGUGCGGAUGCCUGGAGCAAAGAUGUCGAAUCUUCCUCGCAGAGCAAGUUGCAAUUGCCGUUGCUCAUCCGAAACUCAAAAACGGAGCACUUGGCGGUUAAUUUUGACCCGGUUUUGGUCCGUCUGUUGCGGGAAGUGAAAUACUUCCGGCUUUUGAAUUUGCCGGUCCCCGCCCCAGCCAUGGGUGUGUACCAGCAGGUGGAAACGUUUCGACGCUGGACCGGAAACUUGGAACUGAUCGCGCACACGCACAACGCGUCCUGGUCGGCGUUGCACCCUGUGGAAAUGCCCUUGGUCCGGCCGUAUCUGGAUCAGUUCAAUCAAGUGGUGCAGACGGGUCUAGGAGCUUUGCAAUGGCAGAGCGAGGAGGCUCUCGUCCAGGAUUUCUUGGUGGAAGCGCUGGCUAAAGUGCAGGGCGUCGAAGCCGUGGUUCAGACUAUGAAACGGAACCUCUCAACGGUGGAGAACCUGCUGCGGGAAUGGGAACGGCCCAUGGUGGAACGGAAAACAAAACCCGUCGAGCGGGACGAAUUUGAGCGGAUGCAGCGGACGAUUCGGCAGGAAAGGUAUGGAAAGGUCAAAGCCGCCGGCAAAGAGAUUCAUAGCUUGCUGAGAGAAACAUGUAAAGUCCUGAACAUUUCGACACCUGCCCCACCCGCGUGGCAGGCGUAUGUGGACUACGUGAGCAACCGCGUGGUGGGAGGACUGACCCGGAUAAUCUUGGUAUCCCUGCAAGCCUUGUUCAAUGAGAUCGAUCCCGUACCUUUCUUGACCGCCGGAGGGUCGUCCACAGCCACAAACCCGCCUCCCAACCAGGCCAUGGCCGCCAGUAAAUUGCCUAUGCUCGAGAUAAAACUCACCUUGGUGGAUGACAAGUUCGUGCGUUUUCUCCCGGACAUUUCCUCUCCUAGCCUCAGCCCUACUCCUGGCAACAAUUCGACGCUCCGGGAUCUGGUGAACAAUGUGGUGGCUGGUUUUUUCAACCUCUCCACGCUUUUCAAACGCUUGGACGACGCCAGCCACCAAGGCACUUACUUGCGGGAGAUGCACACGGACCCACAAUUGUCUCUGGCCCUGGCUCGAAUCCACGAGGUGGUGGAUGCGACGGAGGAAUCCUGUCGGCGUCUACAGGAUCGCUACGAGGAGUACGCCUCCCUGUGGACGACGGACCUUGACGCCCAUUUUCGCUCCUUUUCUACCUCGGCAAUAGUCCAAACACCGCUCGGCCAAUCGCUCUUGAACACGGACCUCUUUGAGCAAGAAAUCAACCGUUACGAGCAGCUCCAAGCCCAGGUCCUGCAAAAGCUAUCUUCCCCAGUUGAUAUUCAGGGAUGGCUUCGAGUCGACACGGCGCCCAUCAAACAGGCGAUCUUAGGUUGGUGUACCCGGUGGACAACCACCUAUACCUCCCACAUCAAGGCAACCUUGGUCACGAAAUUGCGGGACAUGGAUGCUUUCAUGCGCGAGGUGCGGUCCGGACUGGGCGUCCGUGUGGAUGCCGAAGGAGGAAAAACGGCGCUGAUGGAGGUCAUGAAAACCAUUUGUGACGUACGAAAGGCAAGCGAGCUCUUUGCGGAGGUGUGGCUACCCUUCCAAGAGUUGAUCAGCACGUUGAAAAGGCAUAAUGUGGAUGUCACCGAUGUGAUGAUUGGAAAUUCUGGCUACGAUUUGCAAUCUUACUUGGAGGAAGCGCCUACGGCCUGGGAGCUGCUGGUCAAGGAGACUUUUGUUAAGAAGGAGAAAAUCUUACCCUUGCAGAUGGCGGAGGUAGAGGUAUUACGACAAGAUUUGGACGGUUUCAACGUGCGUGUCCACCGGUUUCGCUCCACUUUCAAGAAAGAAGGCCCCUUCGUGUCGACCGCUCUUUCCCCGACGGCACCAUCGCCGAUCGGCCCUGCCCCUACGCCCCCAUCCUCGCUGGCUACCACAAGUUUUGCGACCAUCAACACGUUGACACUUACCUCCGCGAAGGCUUACCAAGAAAUGGAUGCGCAGCUCCGGCUUCUGGUGGACCUGGAGCAGGAAGCAGCAGCUUUCAACGAGUUGGAGGAAUUGUUCGAGCUUCAGAUCAGCAAAUACCCGGAAAUGGGGGAGACCCGACGGGAUCUGAAGCUUUUGAAAUGGAUAUGGGAUUUCAAUGCCCUUGUGGAAAAGCUCUACGAGGGCUGGCGGAGCCAGUACUGGUCAGAUGUUGAGACGGAAGCGUGGCUGGAACAAAACAAGGAGCUCUUGAAGCAGCUGAGAAGGCAAGGCAACGAGUUCCAAACCCUCAAAACCUGGCACAUCUACCAAGUGGUGGAAGAAAAUAUUACAUCCAUGGCGAUCCUUUUGCCGCUCAUCGACGAACUGCAUUCGCCGGCGAUGCGGGACCGACACUGGGAGGCCCUGGCUCGCCACUGCCAGGUCAGACACCUAGACCCCACCCACGCUAAAUUCACGUUCGAGGAUAUGAUCCCUCUCCGCCUGUCCGAACGUCGAGAGCUGGUGGAAGAACUGGUCAGUACGGCGGCGAAAGAAUUGAAAAUCGAGACGCAGUUGGGGGUCAUCGUACAGGCCUGGGAGACGCUGCACUUGGACCACGCCCCACACAAAGACAUGGAAACCACGGUAAUCAAGCCGAGCGAGGAGGUGCUGGAGAGCCUGGAAAGCCAUCAGAUGGAGCUUCAGAGCAUGCUGUCCGUUGACUUUUUCAAAGACAAGGUCGUGGAGUGGCAAGUGGCCUUGGGUCGCACCGAAGAGGUUUUAAAAGCCUGGGUGUCGGUCUCCAAGAGCUGGACGGCUCUGGAAAGCAUUUUUUUGGCCUCGGCGGACAUACGUGCGCAGCUUCCUGAGGACACGAAGCGUUUUGAAGGCAUCGAUUCUGAAUUCAAGGAGCUGAUGAAAGCGGCCAUCACCACGCCGCUGGUGGUGGAGGCCUGUGGCGUGGAAGGGCGGCUUGAGUCCUUAAAAAGCAUGAUGGCACGCCUGGAGCUCUGUCAAAAGUCGCUCAACGAGUACUUGGACCUGAAAAAGAAGCUCUACCCCCGCUUUUAUUUCGUGUCGAACGUGGCCUUGCUCGACAUGCUGGCGAACGGUAACAACCCCGUCAAGAUCCUCCCGUACCUGGGCGACUGCUACGAUGGCUUGGCCGACCUUCGCUUCGUCGUCGACGACCCUGCCACUGGGACGCUCUCUACUAAGACAGUGGAUACCAUGGUGGCCAAAGACAAGGAAUGCGUGGCCUUGUACGAACGCUUUACCAUGGAAGGUGAAGUGGAGCAGUACUUGAAUCGGUUGACGGACGUGGUUGCCGACACCCUUCGGCAUAAGCUCGAGGACGGCUUGGAGUCGGCCGUGCAUUGGGAUGUGGAGAAGCCUCGGGAGCAAUGGCUCUUUGAUUUUCCCGCCCAGGUAGUGCUGACAGGCACGCAGAUAUACUGGACGGAGGAGACGGAACGGGCUUUGGAAGACUACGAAAAUGGACAGGCGGACGCUGUGAAGCGGUAUUUGCAGAUAUGCAACAGCCGCCUGAGCGCCUUGAUACAGCUCGUCCUUGGUGAGCUCUCUCCCGGCGAUCGGACCAAGAUCAUUUCCCUCAUCACCUUGGAUGUGCAUGCCCGUGACGUGGUCCAGAAGCUCAUCGACGAGAAGACCGAGGGGCCGAAUGCCUUCUUGUGGCAGCAGCAGCUGCGCUUUUACUGGACUCCUCCCCCCACAUCGACCUCCCGCAUGCUUUCUGCUUGUGGAAUGGCUACCAAUCCUUCCUCCAGCUUGACCAUGCAUUCCGGCAGCAAUGCGCGAGAUGUGGACAUAAGAAUCUGCGACUAUCACUGCAAGUACUUUUAUGAGUGGGUGGGCAACACAGGACGCUUGGUCAUCACCCCUCUUACCGACAGGUGCUACAUCACCCUGACUAUGGGCCUUCGACUUUUCUUGGGAGGCGCGCCUGCGGGUCCGGCGGGCACAGGCAAGACGGAGACGACAAAGGACCUCGCCCGCGCGCUAGCCAUUCCUUGCUACGUCUUCAACUGCUCGGAUCAAAUGAAUUAUCAGACAAUGGGCGACAUUUUCCGAGGUCUGGCGCAGACGGGAGCCUGGGGCUGCUUCGAUGAAUUCAAUCGGAUUCCUUUGGAGGUCCUAUCCGUGGUCGCCACCCAGGUGAAAACUAUCCAAGAUGCCAUCGUCAAGUGCUCCAUCCCCAGCAACCGGGACCUGGAAUACCAACAAUUGCCGGGAGGGACGCCCCCGGUCAAGGUAGGCAGCUUCGAUUUCAUGGGGGAUACUAUCUCCUUGAUCCCGUCUUGCGGUUUUUUCAUCACCAUGAACCCAGGAUACGCAGGUCGUACGGAGCUGCCUGAGAAUUUGAAGGCGCUCUUUCGGUCCUGCGCCAUGAUUCGACCGGAUCUGCGCCCCAUUUGUGAAAACAUGCUCAUGUCCGAAGGUUUCCAAAACGCCCGCGGUCUCGCCAUCAAAUUUGUCAGCUUAUACCAGCUUUCCUCCGAGCUCCUUUCCAAGCAGUUCCACUACGAUUGGGGACUCCGGGCGGUCAAGUCCGUACUCCGGGUAGCAGGGAUGCUCAAACGGGGGGAGCCCGACAUGGACGAGGCCCAAAUCCUGAUGCGGGCCCUCCGAGAUUUCAACACCCCCAAGAUCCCUGCCCACGACCUUCCCAUCUUCCUGCGGCUGAUUGCGGACCUCUUCGUGGGGAUGGACGAGGUUCCCCACAAAAUAAACGAGACGCUCCGGGACAAGGUCCUUCGGGCCACCAGGCUCAAGAAAUACCAGGCGGACGAUUCCUUCGUCCUCAAGGUCUGCCAGCUCCAGGAGUUGUUGGACGUCCGGCACUCCGUCAUGCUCUUGGGGCCGGCGGGGGCGGGCAAGACUGCGAUUUGGAAGACGUUGGCCGCGGCGCAUAACCUGGACAGCCGUAGUGGCAGCUUUGGUAGGAUGGGAGGAGGUUCCUCGGAUGAGAAGCGUUCUCAGGUGUGCGUAUAUGAGACCUUGAACCCGAAGGCCGUAUCGAGCGAUGAGCUGUACGGCCACAUGACGCUGAGUAAGGACUGGAAGGACGGGGUCCUUUCCAUCAUCAUGCGGGGCAUGUCCAAGAACAUUGCCGAGCAGGGAUUUUACGAGCAUCAACGGCAUAAAUGGGUGGUUCUGGACGGGGACAUCGACGCGGUGUGGAUCGAGUCGAUGAACACGGUGAUGGACGACAACAAGGUCCUCACCCUCGUCUCCAACGAGCGCGUCCCUUUGUCGGACAGCAUGCGUUUGGUCUUCGAAAUCAACUCGUUGAAGAAUGCCACGCCGGCCACCGUGUCGCGCGCGGGGAUUUUGUACAUCAACGAGACAGAUGUAGGAUGGAAACCUCUCGUGCAAUCUUGGGUCCAGCUCCGUGCGGACCCCAGCGAACGCGUCCUCCUUCCCGGGCUUUUUGAGAAAUACGUGGAUGCCCUGGCCGAGAUGACCCGCAAAGGCUACAAGGAGGUGACGCCGGUGCGGUUGAUCAACAAGGUGUCGACGCUUAUCUACAUCCUGGAGGGCUUUUUGGACGGAAGUGACGGGGACGGGAACACCGAGACGACGGGCACAUCCAAAGGGUCCUUGUCCAAUCCAACGUCUGCGUCCAAUGCUUGCUGUGUGAUUCCCUCGGAGAAGAAGACACCGGACGUCCUGGAACUGGUUUUUAUUUAUGCGGCCGUCUGGGCUUUUGGAGGGGCCAUGGGCGUGGACAAGCAGGCAGACUACCGGAAACAAUUCAGCGAUGCCUUUGCCAUGACCUUCGGCCAGCGUUUCCCAAAAGAAGGGCAAUGCUUCGACUACUACUUCGACGUGGAUACCCUCUCCUUCCUGCCCUGGACGGCCCGCGUCCCUAAGUAUGUACCCAUCCCUAUCGGGGGGGGUGCAGGCGAGACGGCACUGUCACAGCUCCAGGUGGCCACAGUGGAUACUGUCCGACUCUCCUUCUUAAUCGACCUCCUGGCGAAGAAGCAUCGGCAUGUCAUGCUCUGCGGGACGGCCGGGACGGGAAAGACGAGCAUAUUGAGGGAAUACUUGCGAAAUUUGGACAGAGACGCGGACAAAAUGCUUUCCAGCACCGUUAACAUGAGCUACUACACAGACUCCGCCAAACUCCAGGGUGAAAUCGAGCUAGCGCUUGACCGGCGUUCGGGACGCAAGUACGGUCCCCCCCAGGGCCAUCAUUUGAUCAUGCUCCUGGACGAUUUGAACCUGCCCUACGUGGAAACCUACGGUACCCAGAACGCCAUCGCCCUCUUGACGCAGCACUUGCAGUACGGGGGUUGGUUCGAUCGCUCGGACCUGGGCAUGCGCAAAGAAGUGGUGGACGUUCAAUACCUGGCGGCGAUGAACCCCACGGCAGGUUCCUUCUACAUUUGUGAACGGGCCCAGCGACAUUUCGCCACAUUCGCGUGCACCAUGCCGUCCAAGACAGACUUGAAAACGAUUUACGGCUCUAUUCUUGCGGGUCAUCUCAAAGGUUUCGCUCCCCGGGUGGAGGAAUGCUGCACCAAGAUCGUGGAUGCGACCAUCGCAUUGCACGGACAAGUGUUGCAGCGUUUCCUCCCCAGCGCCGUCAAGUUUACGUACAAUUGGAACAUGCGCGAGCUCAGCAAUGUCUUCCAGGGACUGACCUUGGCUCGGUCAGAUCUUUACACCACGCCCUUACCGUUCCUGCGUUUGUGGGCCCACGAGUGUGAGCGGGUGUUUGGAGAUCGUUUGACGAGCGAAGCCGAACGAGGGAUCUUCCAAGAUAUGCUCACCUCUGUGGCAAACCACACUUUCUCCUCUUCCUCUGAGGACAUCGUCGAGUCCCUUGUGCAACGACCUUUGCUGUGCACGAACUUUGUGGGCGGUAUCACCUCCUCAGGAAGCACCCCGGGCGGAGAAAGCGUCGGUCUGACGAGCCCGAUGGGUUAUGUACCAGUGCCAACUUUGACGGAGCUGAAGACGACCUUAAACGGGAAGCUCCAGGAAUACAACGAAUCAAACGCCAUGAUGGAUUUGGUGCUCUUCGACGAAGCCAUGGCCCACGUUACCCGCAUCUGUCGGAUCAUUUCCAACCCCUCGGGACACGCGAUGCUGAUCGGGGUGGGCGGCUCGGGCAAACAGUCGCUCACGCGGCUCGCUGCUUUCAUUUGUGGCUACGAAGUGAAACAGCUGGCUAUCACCUCCCGUUUCAAGUUGGAGGAUCUCAAAGAUGCCCUGAAGGACAUGUACAAGUAUGCAGGCGUCAAAGGGGUGCCUCUCGUGUUCCUCAUACGGGACUCCCAGGUCAUCGACGAGCGCUUUCUGAUCUACAUCAACGCCCUCCUUUCGAGCGGUUGGAUCCCUGAUCUCCUUGUCAAGGACGAACUCGAAAGCAUGCUGGCCAGCAUUCGCACAGUGGCUAGGGCCCAAGGCGUGCCUGACACGCCCGCUACCCUCUUGGAAUUUUUGAUCACGAGGAUACGCACCAAUCUCCACGUCGUCCUGGCGUUCUCCCCCGUCGGCUCCACGUUUCGGAUCCGGGCCCGACGUUUCCCGGCCUUGGUCAAUUGCACCGCCAUCGAUGUUUUCCAUCCCUGGCCGCGGGAAGCUCUUGUGUCGGUAGCACAACGCUUCCUAGACGACGUGGACCUGGGCUCCCCCUCCAUCAAAUCCCAGCUGGCUCUGCACAUGGCCGAAGAGCAUUUGUCAGUCAUGAAGGCCUCCCACACUUUCCUGGAACGGCACCGCCGGUACAAUUACGUCACGCCCAAAAGUUUCUUGGAAUUGAUCGGGUUUUAUCGGUAUUUGCUUGGCGCCAAACGCAGCGAGGUGGUCCGGCUGGUGGAUCGCUUGGACGUGGGGCUCUCCACGCUCAAAAAAACGGCGGCCGACGUCGCGGUCCUGCAGGCCGAUCUGACCCUGACAUUGGCACGGGUGGAGGAGAAAAAAGCCGCCACUGAGCAGUUGAUCGAAGCAAUGGGUGCUGAGCGUGCCGAGGCGGAGAUGCAACAGGGAGCAGCCACCCUGGAAGCCAGCAAGGCCAACGCGGCGUCGGAAGAAGCUGCUGUGCUCGAGAAAGAGGCCUCGAUAGAGCUGGCAGCCGCCGAGCCCGCCAUGAAAGCCGCAGCAGCUGCUGUCGACGUGCUAAGUAAAGCGAUGUUGACAGAGCUCAAGAAUUUGAAGACCCCCCCCGCGGGAGUCGACACGGUGACCACGGCUUGUCUGAUCCUGGUGGAAAAGGAGUACAAAAAUCACAAGUGGGAGCGGGCCAAAAAAAUGAUGGCGAACAUCGACCAGUUCAAAAACAAGCUCAUGGCUUUCAAGGGGGAGACCAUCCCAGAAGAGGACAUUAAUCGGGUCACGCCGUUCAUGUCCCUGCCGGAUUUCUCCCCGGAGGCCAUGUCGAGUAAGUCUGCGGCCGCUGCGAAUCUGUGCACCUGGGUGGUGAACAUGUACAGAUACAACCGUAUUUACGUCAAGGUCAAGCCCUUGAUGGAUACAUUGGCAGAAGCCCAAGCUACCAAGGCGAGCGCGGAUGCUUCUUUGGCAGUGGCUUCCGCAGCGGUUACCGCGGUCCAAGAACGUUUGGCAGUGCUGGAGGAGCAGUUCGUGGCAGCGACAGAGGAGAAGGCCAAAGUGGAAGCAGAAGCAGCGGCAUGCCAAGAACGUUUGAGCCUCGCAGAGCGACUGGUGAACGGCCUGAGCUCGGAAAAUACACGGUGGGGAGGUGAAAUUGAGCGACUGAAAGAGAGAGCCACGACCUUGGUAGGCGACUGCAUGGUCGCAGCCGGCUUCGUCUCCUACCUGGGGGCCUUCGACCAGGAUACCCGGGAGAGUCUAUGGAAGGGGGUAUGGACGCGAGAUUUGAUCGAGCGGGGAGUGCCCUUGACACCUGGCCUCGACCCUGUGAGUAUGCUCUCCAACGACGGUCAUGUCGCUCAAAUGAUUCGGGAAGGAUUGCCGGCAGAUCGCAUCAGUUUAGAAAACGGCGCGGCCAUCACCAACUGCAAACGCUGGCCCCUGAUCAUCGACCCGCAGACACAAGGCAUCAAGUGGCUUCGACAAAAGGAGGCCGGGAACCGACUUCUGGUCUUACAACUCUCUCAGAAAGAUUGGGCGAAAAAAAUGGAGAAAGCGCUCUCCACGGGCCAGACGGUGAUUCUGGAGAACGUGGGGGAGGAAUUGGAUUCCACCUUGGAACCCGUGCUGACACGGGCCAUCUACAAGAAGGGACGGAAGCUGUACAUCAAGUUUUGCGGGGAGGAAGUAGAGUUUGACCCGGCAUUUCAACUCUACUUGCAAACCAGGUUGUCCAACCCCCAUUACCGGCCGGAGGUCUUUGCCCAAUGCACGCUCAUCAACUUCAUCGCCACUGAACGCGGGUUGGAGGAACAGCUUUUGUCCAAGGUGGUGGCGGUCGAACGGCCCGAACUGGAAGAAAAAGCCCAGCUGUUGCAGCAAGCCUUCCAACGCUACAAGAUCCAGCUGGUGGAGCUGGAGGACGACCUCCUUGAACGGUUGGCCAAUGCCCCGGACGACAUUUUGAGCGACGUGCCGUUGAUUGAGGGCUUGGAAGCCACCAAAGCUGCCGUCCUGGAAAUCAACACGGCGGUCAGCGAAGGGAAAACCACCGAAGGGCUCAUCAACGAAGCACGGGAGACGUACCGAAGCCACGCGGCCGAAGGCGCCAUGCUCUAUUUUUUGCUCACCCAGCUCUCCAGCAUCGAUCACAUGUACCAAUACUCGCUCGAUUCGUUCGUUUUCUUCUACUUGAAAUCCAUCAAAAAAGCUCUUCCGGCAGACACGGAGGAAAAGCGGGCCAUGAACUUGCGGGUGUCCUUGCGCAUGACUGUGUACACGUGGGUGAGCCGAGGGCUCUUCGAACGUCACAAACUCAUAUUCCUCGCGCAACUGACCUUCAAUCUGCUCAAACGAGGACUCUUGCAAGGGGAAACGGCGCCGUCGUCUUCCCUUUCGGCCCCCACUGCUGUGACCCCGGAGGGGGGCCUGAAAGUGCCGGAGGCCCAUUUCCAAUUCCUUCUUCGAUGUCCCCAAAAACCCGUGCCAGACAACCCGUUGGGCUGGCUCCCCAUGUCCGCGUGGCAGGCCGUGCAAGCCUUGACGGAACUCGACGGCUUCGGGAAACUAGCCCAGGAUAUGGUGGAGGCAAGCCCGCGCUUCCGAGAAUGGUACAACGCCGUGGCUCCCGACAUGGAGAAGUUACCCCUGGAAUGGGCCGGCCUAGACAGGCAACCUUUUCAGAAAAUGAUGGUGGUGCGUUGUCUCCGUCCGGACCGUGCGAAUGUCGCCUUGACCAAUUUCAUUCGUCAGCUUCUUCCCCAUGGCGACGCUUACACGGACUGCGACGCCACCCUCAGCGCGUUGGAGGUUGCAGAGCAGGCGUUGCAAGAUGCGACACCGGCCACCCCUUUGUAUUUCAUCUUGAGUGCGGGGGCCAACGUGGUGGGCGUCUUGGACCGGUUGGCCGAGAAGUACGGCUUGGUGAAAGGCGUGAGCUACCACAACGUGAGUAUGGGCCAGGGUCAGGAUGUGGUGGCCAUGGCCUGCCUGGAAAGCGCGCACCGGAACGGGCAUUGGGUGAUCUUGAACAACGUGCAUUUGAUGCCUCGCUGGAUGGAGGAACUGGAGAAGAAGCUCGACGAAUUCGCCCAGGAAGGGGGUAGCCAUGCGAAAAUGCGCUUGUUCUUGACCUCGGACCCGGCGGUGAGCAUCCCGAUUGGCAUUUUGAACCGAUGCAUCAAGGUGACGAACGAGGCGCCUGCGGGGCUCAAGGCGAAUUUGAAACGUGCCUGGUCGAACUUCCCCAAGCAGGACAUCGACGACGCAGACUCUCGAACGAGGGGGGUCCUCUUCGGCCUCUGCUAUUUCCACGCCCUGAUGGUGGAACGGAAGCUCUUUGGGCCUAUGGGCUUCAAUAUGAACUACCCCUUCUCCUUGGGUGACCUCCGGGACUCCGCCGCCUGUCUCCACAACUACCUUGAAAGCGCCAACGGAGGGAGCAAAGUGCCCUGGCACGACCUCAAGUACAUCUUCGGCGACAUCAUGUACGGGGGGCACAUCGUCAACGAUUUCGACCGGCUCGUGGCCAAGACCUACCUCGACCACCUGAUGCGCGACGAGCUCCUGGACGAGAUGCAGCUCUUCCCCUACGUGACCCCCGGGGACCGGGCAUCCUUCUACUGCCCGCCUUCCACGACCUACGACAAAUAUAUGGACUAUGUGGACCGAAAUCUGGUCGUGGACACGCCCAUGGCCUUUGGCUUGCACCCCAACGCGGAGAUCGGCUUCCGGACGCGGCAGGGGGAAAAACUCUUCGCCACGCUCUUGGAAUUGCAGCCCCGGGAGGGAGGCAGAGAAAAGGCGGAGGGGGUGGAGGAAGGAGGGGCGGAGGACGGGGAGGAGGGGGGUCCCGGAGGCGGUGCGGCCGGUGGGGAGACCCCCCAGGCAGUGGCAGAGCGGGUGGCGACCGAGAUUUUGGAUCGCUUCGGCGAGCGACGGCUGGAUGUGGACGAGGUCCAUCGGGCCUUGGACGGGGACGAGGGUCCUUACCAAAACGUCUUCCUCCAAGAAAUGGAGGCCUUGAACGCCCUCCUCACGUUCAUGACCCUCUCCUUGCGAGAACUCCUUCUGGGCCUGGGGGGGGAAUUGGCCUUGAGCGACAAAAUGGAAAGCUUGCUCCACGCCCUGUACCUGGAUGCGGUCCCCGACCCCUGGCUCCACCUCUCUUGGCCCUCCCGCCGGCCGCUGGGCGGGUGGCUGGCCAACCUCCACAGCCGCCUCCAGCAGCUGGAAGAGUGGCAACAAGCCCCUCAGGAACUGCCCAAAGUGACCUGGCUCGCGGGACUCGUCAACCCGCAAGCCUUCUUGACCGCCGUCUGUCAAGUCACCGCCCAGAAAAACGGCUGGGCCUUGGACCAACUGGUGAUCGCGACGGAGGUGACCAAGAAAACGACGGCGGAGGAAGUCGACCUCCCUUCCCGAGACGGCGCCUACGUGGUCGGCUUGGCCUUGCAAGGCGCUCGGUGGGAUUCGGCCACGGGCGGGAUCGAACCCGCGCGGCCCAAAGAAAUGUUCUCCCCCCUCCCCGUCCUCCUCGUCCGGGCGGUGCCCCAAGAACAAAUCGACCGACGCGCCUACGCCUGUCCCGUGUUCAAAACAGAGGAUCGAGGCCCCACCUACGUCUUUUCGGCCCAAUUGAAAACCAAAUCGCCACCGGCUCGCUGGAUCCUGGCGGGGGUGGCCUUGAUCAUGGACGUGGCGGGGGGGUAG